AUGGGUCAGAAUGUAUGGGUGCUUUUUGAUUUGGGAGCUUCACAUUCUUUUAUUUCCAAUGCAUGUGUGAGGAGGUUGGGAUUAGAGGUUCAUGACUUGGGGUGCGAGCUAGUAGUCUCGACACCGACGUUUGGGCAAGUUACAACCAGUACUAGUUGUGAUGGAUGCUCGAUCGAAGUGGCGGGCUGUAGGUUCAAGGUGAACCUCAUCUGCUUGCCGUUGGAGGAUUUGGAUGUGAUAUUGGGGAUGGACUGGCUGUCCAAUCACCAUGUGGUAAUGGAUUGUGGACGGUGCAGAUUGAUAUUCCCAGAAACUGAAGGGGUAAAAUUGAUUUCAUCUCAAGAAGCUAUGAAAGAACUGGGAGAGGGAGCUACCUGUUUCAUGAUGAUAGCUCAGUCAGAGAAAAAGAGUAGUGAAGAGCAGAUCCGUAACAUAUCUGUGGUGGCUGAUUUUGCGGAUGUGUUUCCUGACGAAGUUCCUGGAUUUCCCCCAAGCAGGGAUGUGGAUUUCACUAUCGACCUCAUCCUUGGGGCAGGUCCGGGGUCUGUCGCUCCUUAUAGAAUGGCACCAGCUGAAUUAACAGAACUCAAAAAGUAG